CUUCAGCUCUCUGCUGUGAAACUGGCAGAGCUGCAUAGUGACCUAAAAAUACAAGAAAAGGAUGAGCUAAGCUGGAAAAAACUGAAGGCUGAAGGGCUAGACGAAGAUGGAGAGAAAGAAGCCAAACUUAGACGCAACUUAAAUGUCAUUAUGACUAAAUAUGGAAUGAAUGGAAAGAAGGACUCUCAACUAGUUGAUACCAACUACAUUAAAGAUGGUACAGAAAGUGAUACACUAGAUGAUCCAAGACUGGAAAAAUUAUGGAGCAAGGCCAAGUCCUCUGGGAAGUUCUCUGAUGAAGAGCUGGAUAAGCUUUGGCGAGAAUUUAAGCAUCACAAAGAAAAGAUCCAUGAAUACAAUAUUCUGCUGGAGACCGUGAGCAGAACAGAAGAUAUCCACAAAAACGUUAUCAACCCUGAAGAGAACCUGGUAAAAGAGGAAAUUUUGCACAACAAACACAGAGAACUCAAAGACAAGCUAAGAAGCAUCAAUCAGGGGUUUGAGCGUUUGCGUAAAGUCAGUCACCAAGGAUAUGACGCAACCAGUGAAUUUGAAGAACCAAGAGUGAUUGAUUUGUGGGACAUGGCUAAAUCGGCCAAUUUCACGGAGAAAGAACUUGAAUCUUUUCGGGAGGAGCUGAAACACUUCGAAGCAAAAAUUGAAAAACACCAUCAUUAUCAGAAACAAUUAGAGAUUUCACACCAGAAACUGAAGCACAUAGAGGGAACUGGAGAUAAGGAUCAUCUGAACAGAAACAAAGAGAAAUACGCCAUGCUGGAAGAAAAGACAAAAGAACUAGGAUAUAAGGUAAAGAAGCACUUGCAAGACUUAUCCAGCAGAAUUUCUCAAGGUCUUCAGCACAACGAAUUGUAAAAACUUGUUCUCCUUCAUGGGAUAAAUCUAUUAACACAAACGAGAUAAUGUGUUUUUUUGAACAGGAUUUAUCAAGAAGUCCAUCUGAAAUAGUAAGGAUUGAACAGAGUUGUCCUGUAAGAAAUUUUGGUUGUGGUCCACUUAAUUGCUAGUUUUCUAUUUGCACUAUCAAAUGAUUAGAUUAUAAAUUUAAGGUGCACAUCUUGGAUCAUAUAUAUCUUAGGUCUGAAUCAAGUAACAGCCUUUGAAAU